CCCUGCCCCGCUGCCUGAGCUCUGCUGCGGUAGGCCAGCACUCCUUGAGGGAGGGAAAGACUGAUGAACCCCAGUUUUAUUUCUGCGUUGUCAUGUUUCACAAGGAGUUCAGAAGCUCCGAGACAGCCUGACACCACCGUUUCAUGGAUGCAUCUGAAGUUUAGGCGCGGAGACUCUUUUUCUCUGUCCCUCUAUUAACUUUCCAUUCGUCUAAAGUCAAUUAGCUUAUGUUUUUGGACAUUCAUUAUCGUUUUCAUGCGUGAGCGUCUUCUUUUGUAGAAUUUAGAGUAUUUCUUGUUGCAAAUCCCAUUCAGUUUGUCAAGAUGCAGCUCCGGACCGUCCUAGACGUUAAUGUUGUGGACGUGCUGAAGAGAAGGAAUCCCUCCAAACACUAUGUGUACCUCAUCAACGUCACUUACUCGGACUCCACUUCCCAUAUCGUCUACAGGAGAUACAGUAAAUUCUUUGAGCUACAGAUGCGAAUCCUCGACAAGUUCCCAAUCGAUGGAGGACAGAAAGACCCCAAAAAGAGGAUUAUUCCUUUUUUGCCAGGUAAAGUCUUAUUUCGCCGAAGUCACAUAAGAGAUGUAGCCGUCAAAAGACUAAAGCACCUGGAUAAUUACUGCAAAGCUCUUAUGAAGCUUCCCACCCACAUUACCCAGAGUGAGGAGGUCCUAAAGUUCUUUGAGACAAAUACAGAGGACCUCAACCCUCCCAAAGAGGACUGUGGAGGAUCCGGCAAACGGAAAUCAGGUCUGGAUGCUUCGGACCCCAUGAUCCUGGAACAGUACGUGGUGGUGGCCAGUUACGAGAAACAAGAGCCUUCAGAAAUCGGCCUUCAAGCGGGCGAGGUGGUCGAUGUUAUUGAGAAGAGCGAGAGUGGUGAGUAA